AUGAACAGAGAUAUAAAUACUCAAAAAUAGCAAUCAUAUGAAAAUUUACACAAUAAGAAAAAAUUUUCGUCUGGCGACAAAGAGAGUUAUAUCCAAUUUCUAGAGGAUCAGCUAAAAAAGCUGACUGAUACUUUAGUUGAGAGUGAUUAAAUAAAAGAAAGAUUGGAAUUAAUAGAAAAUUAAAUGGAGCGUAUUUCGGAGAAAACAGACAAAUUUUAAAAGAUAAAUAAACUUUUGCAAACCUGUGUAGACAACCAGGAAGAAGAUUUGAAAGUAUUCAAAGAUAAGAUUUAUCUUGAUAUUGACAUGAAAUUUAAAGUUUUAGAUUCUAAAUUCGAUGUGGAUGACAAGUUAUUAAAUUAGGAAAGCAAUUUAAAUAAGAAAUUCAACUAAAAGUAAAGAGAUUUUGAGAAAUUAGUAGACAAUUUCGAUAAAAAGAUUUAAGCUAAUUAUGAAGAGUUUUCAUCAGAAAUAGCAAUAGACCUCAAGUAAAUGGAAAACAAACUUGAAGAAAAAAUAUCUUCAUUAAAGAAUGAGCUAUUGUACUGGAUGAAAGGAGAAAUUGAAAGCUAGUAAAAGGAUAGGUAGCUAUAUACUCAUUUUUAAGAGUUUAGAAGUAGUAUAAAUGAAUAAUUUGACCUUUAAAAAACAGAGCUUAAUGCCUAUUUUGAACUACUAAGUACAAAGACUAAGACUAAUUUCAAUGAUUUUGCAUAAAAAAUUGAAGAAAGACUAUAGUAUUUCGAGUUUUCAGAAUAAAAUGCCAAAUAAGAUGAUAGAGAAUAACAAAAGUAGAAAAAAGACAUUUAAGAUCUCAAAUAUAUUUCCAAUUUGAUUAUGGAAAAGGUGGAAAAAUUAGAAAAAAAUGAGAGAAGUGAUAUCAAAUAGCAUACAGUGGUUUAUGAUCAAUAAAAGACACAAUCUAUAGAUAAAAUAGAAGUAAAACUUGCAAAUUAAAUGUCAAGCUAAUUUGAGAAGUUAUAAAAUAUCAUAAAGUAAUUAUAAGAUCAAUAAUUCUCAAUUGAAAAGAAAAUUAUGAAAAUGGAUCCUAGAAGUAUGUAUGAUGCAUUAAAAAUAAGUCCCAAAAAGGAAGAGAGUGCUUUUGAAAGAAGGAAUGAAAGGUAGUUUGAUUAAGUAGUUGGAGAUGAUGAAUAAUAUUAACAUCAUGCAGUUACUGUAAAGCAUAGCAGAAAUAGUAGUAGCAAUAUUUCUUAAGCAAAUUAAGGAAAAGAAAGAAAUAACAACUUGGCAGAAAAGUAUUCUUUGAUUAGUGAAAAAUUAAAGUAGAGAAAAUUAAUAGAUGAAGAAGAAUAGUAAUAGUUGCAGAAUUAUUAGAAAAGGGAAGAACAUUAUUAAGAAGAUCAACCUCACAGAUUAGCUUCUUAAACUUAAAAUUUUAGGGAUAAUUCUUAGGAAAGUAAUCAUGCCCAAUAAGAUUUUAGUAAUAAAAAGAAAAAAGAACAUGACAGGAGUUAAAAUACUGACUCCUUAAAUGAGUCUAUUGAGGAACUGCUUUCAAAAAGAAAGAAUAUUUUUAACUAAAAACCUCCCAGUGGAAUAAACUAAUUCAGUUCUCCUCAAGUUGGCCACAAACAAUAAAUGAGGUAAAAUUCUGUUGGAGAAUACAAUUCUAGCUAAGAAAGGUCUAAUAAAUUUUAUAAUCCUAAUGAUAGAGAUAAUUAAUGUAAUGAUUCAGAAACAAAAACAUCUAAGUAGAAUUUAGCAAGCAUUUAGAAUGUACUAGAUUAAAAAAAUGUGAAAUAGAAUUUAUUUAGUAAAGAUAAUUAAUAGCCUAUUCAUGCAGAUUCAUUUAAGAGAAGAAUUUUUGAUGUCAAUUACAACUUAUAAACGGAACCAAAUAAUAUAUAUUAAUCCUAGGUGGAGAAUGUUUAAUUAAAUAAUUAAAAUUAAGAAUAAAAUGAAGAUCACAAUGUAAAACCUUAAUCUCGCUUACAAAAGAGCAAUUCUUUGAAUAGAUUUGAAGAAAUUCAAUAAAGAAAUAUACAAAGCCCAACUACUGAAUAAGUAGAUGAAAAUCUAGCUAACCACCUAGAAUAGAGAAGAGAACGUUUAAAAAAAUUUAUUCAAUAAACAGAAUAAUAACUAGAAGAAGCAAAUAACGGAUUCGAAGAGAAACUAAAUAGAAAAUAUGACUCUUUCAAAGAAUAUAACAAAGGAGUUGGAGAGUAGUAAUUUAAAUCUUUGCCUCCUUAAAAUUAAAAAUUUUCACCUUACACCAGUGAAAAAAACUAAAACAAAGGAGUUAAUAACUAUAGUAAAAAAUUUGAAAAUGUAAAUAUGAAUGACACUUUUAAUGAAGAACUUGAUUCAGAUUAAAAGAAUCAAUUUAACUUUUACAGAAAAGAGGAGGACUACAGCAAUUAAUAAGAGCAUGAUUAAAUAGAUUAAGAAGCUAUUGAUGAAAAUUAUAAACACAAUAGGCAUAAUUAAUUUAAUAAUAAAGGUAAUUAAAUAUUUUCUUUAGGGGAUGAUUCAGAUAUUAUGAGACUUAACUAAAGAAUAAUGACAGCUGAAAAUAACACAGAUUCAUUCAGCAGAGAGAUUGUAAGUAGGUCUGCUAGCAACGAAUAAUAAUAAAGAAAUGUUAGGAACACCAAUAAUUUAAAUUUACUUAACUAACUUAACAGCGAGGAUAAAAUAUAAGAAAAUAAAUCAAAUAAAAAUUUGAGCAAUUAAAUAAUAUAGCAAAAUAUUAAUUAGAGAGCCAGUUUAAAAGAUAAAAAAUAUAAUGAUUCUGAUAGUGAUGAAGAAGAAAUUCAAAAGGUUUUAUAAAAAUACAAUAAUACCAAAGUUAACAUUAAUGAUUUGAUAUAGAAAAAAAAAGAGGAAGAGAAAUAGAAAAAACAAUAAAUUUAAAAUAAGUUAACCUCUCCAACAAAUAGAAACUAAUAAAUUGAAAGAAGCACUCCACAAUCUUCAGCAAAUAAACAGGAGGAUUCUUAUACUAAGAAAGUAGAAUAUGGAGGUGUUGGAAAUAGGACUAGAGAUUUAUUGAGAGAUGAAGACGAUACAUCUUAUGAUAUAACAGCGAGCCAAAUAAAUUAAUCAGAAAUUAGUAACAACUAAAUACGCUCAUCUGAUUUGAAAAGUUAGAAAAAUGUUUAAACAUAAAAAAAAUAAAAUUCUGAAAGAGGAUAAUUUUAAAAUAAAAAUCAAUAACAAGAGAGUAGCAAAUCAAACAAAUAAUUACAAAUAUAGGGCAGUUAAUAAAAAAAAGAGCUAGAUAGCUUUUUUUACACAAAAGGAUUAAAAUAUGAUUUUAAUUUCUCAAAUAAUACUUCAAAAACAAAAGAUUAAUCAAAGAGUUUUUCUAUGAUUGAGAAAGUGAUGAAUUCCUCCAAACAAAAGAAAUGA